AUGGCGGUUUUCGACUUUACUCUCAAGGCGACCCGCCUUGAGGUCAACUACACACCGGAAGACAAUGUCGUGCUGAAGAACAACGGAAACAGCAUCGGUUGUCAGAUCACCAAGACCGGAUAUUUGACCGGUGGACCCCUUGGUAACAACCAAUUCAAGUUGGCGGAGUUUCAUCUGCACUGGGGAGCUGACAACCGCCGGGGAUCGGAGCAUAUGAUUGACGGGAAGAUGUUUGCAGCCGAGCUUCACCUCGUCCACUGGAACACUAAGUAUGGCAGCAUUGCGGAGGCGAUAGACAAGAGCGACGGGCUCGCCGUGCUCGGGGUUAUGAUUGAGCCUGGACACGAGCAUCCCGCCUUCUCCGUCGUGUCAAACAAUUUUGGUGGGUUGAUCCAACCUCAUAGUAACGCCACCAUCUCCAGCUACCUGAACCCAAGAGACCUGUUGCCAUUCACUGUAAAGAGAAGCCGGUUCUCACACGUGACGUCACGCUGCAUCAGCGACUACUGGACCUACGAGGGCUCCCUUACCACCCAGCCCCUCUUUGAAAGUGUUCAGUGGAUUGUCUUCAAGAAACCCAUUGAGUUCUCUCAAAGGCAGCUGAACGCUCUUCGAGGUGCUCUCAUUGAUUCCGACCAGAAUGUUAUGCAGGACAACUUCCGUCCUCCCGUGCCAAGAAAAGGGAGAACUGUCAGGGCAUCAUUCAGCGAUAAAAAUUCUGUCUAA